UAUGCUCCGAGGGCAUAGUGUAAGUGAGUGCGAUGUAUUGCAGCAAAAAAGAGAGAACGAUAAUUGAUAAUCUAGGGACGAGGGCAGAGUGCCAGUUUGUUGAGGUCUAUCUUCAGUUGCAGUUCAACUAUUUUGACAUCUGUCACUGAAGCUUGUAGAGUUUCGAGUUUAUUAUUUUUAUUUAUAUCAAAGAGUUCUAGAGAGUGAUAUCAACAUGAAGUUGAUUAUCUCUCUGGUUUCUCUAUUACUAAUAUCUAGUACUAUAUCAGCUGAGUCAAAUUGUACGCAUUGUUGGAUACAGGAAAGAACUAGAUCACGAAGAAGUAUUGAUUUCAAUGAUGUAUUCAAAUUACCUGCCUACAGAAUGCCUCGAAGUUUUAAGCCGACGAAUUAUGAAUUGGAGAUAAAACCGUUUACAAUUAAUGCUACUUUCCUAGGUAAAGUCAAGAUAUUUGGCAGCUGGAUUAGUGAAGGAUCACGAAUUAAACUUGAUGUAGAUCGUGGUUUAUAUAUCACUAACAUUUCAAUUAAAUGUCUCAGUCCAAAUAGCACGGAAGCGUUUGAAAAGGCUGACAUUGCUGAACAGGAACACAAUAUAAAAAAAGCGGAAUUUAAUAUCGACUUGCAACAAUGGUUUACUACCGGACGAAAAUGUGAAAUUAAUAUCAAUUAUACUGGAAAUAUUUCAAUUUCUGAAACCUAUGGAUUUUUCAUGAAUUCAUACUUGGAUACUCUUGCUCAAGCACACACAUUUCUCGCAACUCAUUUGAGGCUAAAUCAUGCAAAACAACUAUUUCCUUGCAUCGACGAGCCAGAAUAUAAGGCAACAUUUUUACUCUCUGUGGUUCGUCCAAAAAAUCUACAAUGCCGUUCAAAUACGCCGCUCAUUGCUAGUACAGAAAUACCAGACGAACCGAAUUUUAUGCGAGAUAACUUUGAAAAAACUCCAGAAAUGUCAACAUAUCAAUUAGCAUUUAUGAUUUCUGACUUCGAAAGUAUGUCACCAAGCAGAUCUGUUAAUCCAAUUGAAGGUCGCGGUCCAUUAGAAAUAAAAGUUUGGGGCAGAAAAGAAUAUUUAUCGACUUUAUCAAAAGUACCAAAUAAAAUAGUUACAAUAAUAAAUUAUUUACAAAAUUACUUUAAUAUUUCCAUUGGUCUCUCGAAAUUGGAUCUCGUUGCUAUGCCAAUGUACACGGCUUCCAAAGCCUCCGACAGUUGGGGCCUGAUGUUUUUCAAAGAAAGUGAAUUAAGUAGCCCAUUAGUUUGGAAUACUGCAUAUGAGUUAAUUUAUCAAUGGAUUGGACAACGAAUUACUCCUUUCCGCUGGACUGACGCACAAGUUAACAAAGCAUUGAAUUCAUUUUUAGCAUCUAAAACAACAGUUGAUAUUGAUCCUCAUGAAAUGGAAGGAAAAUGGCCAAUGACACUUUUAUAUUCUCUUUAUUAUGAAUUCGGUAAAACAUUGCCGUUUUCUCGUGUAGCUGGCAUAAGACACGAAGCAACUUCUUCUAAAAUUGAGCUGGUAUUCCGUAUGUUUAAUUAUACACUUGGAGAAGAAAUUUUUCGUCAAGGAGUUCAAAAGUUUGUUCAUGAACCAGCCAAAAACCGUAGUUUUUAUGCUCAUGACAUAUUCACUCAAUUGGAUAAAGUGAGGGUCAAAAAUAAUUUAACCCUACCUAAUGACCUGACAAUCAGUAGUAUCGCAGCACCUUGGAUAACCAGAGACCGUGUGCCAGUGGUAACGGUAAUUCGCGAUUAUGAAACCGGAAACAUCACCUUCACACAAAAUGUUUUUCUUCGUGAAACACCGCCGGCAUCAAAUGAAAAAAUGUCUUAUUUAUGGGACAUACCAAUUAUUAUGGUAUCACAAGAAAAUAUUAGCUUUGCAAAGCUUCAACCAAAUUAUUGGCUGACUAAAAGUGAUAACUCAAUCACUAUGACGGAUAUAGCUUCUAAAGAAAAUUUUGUUAUCGUUAAUCCAGAAGAAAUAGGAAUGUUCCCGGUUAAUUAUGAUCCGUGCAAUUGGUAUAUGUUGGGUGAAUUUCUUCAAGGACCAAUGCGUGAAACAAUUCCAGUAUUAACUCGUGCAAAACUAUUACAUGAUGCCUGGAAUAUGGCGUAUGCUGGUAACAUAUGCUUUGAAGUGGCGCUUAAUAUGACCCUAUUUUUAAAAAACGAAACUAGUCAUGUAGUGUGGGAACCAUUUUUCACUAUGAUUGAUCACGUUGGAAGAAAAAUUCAAGAAUCAGAAAAUGUUGCAACUAAUUUCGAAGCGUACAUCUUUAGUCUCCUUGAGCCAUUAUACAAGAAUCAACUUGGUGAGACGCCAAAUCCUAAUGAGCCAUCAUGGAAAACUCAUAUGAGAGGACUAGCUAAGAAUUUCUUGUGUCGUGCUGGUUAUCGUCCUUGUGUUGAAGAGGCUAAAGAACAAUACAAAAAAUGGAUGAAAGAUGACGAACCUGAUGAAGGAAACCCAGUCGCCAAUGAAUUUAUUUGUCCAGUCUUCCGAUGGGGUACAAUGGAAGAAUGGGAAUUCGGUCUUCAAAGAGUAAUUAAUUUCCCUCAGAAAACAAUAGAAAGAAAACAAAGUGAAAGAACAUAUUUAUUGAAAACUCUAGCCGGUUGUCCCGUUGAUAAAAAGAAAAUUGAAAGAUUAUUAAAUGUUACAAUUUUAAAUGAAAAUUCAAAUUUCACGGAUUCAGAUAUUCAAUUAAUUUACAGUACUCUAACAGGAAGCGCUACUGGUUACUUUGCAUUGUUUGAUUUUCUAGUAGAUCACUGGAAUUUAAUGAAACAAAGAUUUGAAACUAAAGAGCAUUUAUGGAAUGGAAUAAUUAAUUCAGCCACCUCGUCAUUUAGUACUCAAGAAGGCUAUGAUAUGGUAUCACAAUUGUAUAAAGAUCGUCAAAGAGAAGCCGAUCCGGCUGAAGCAAUAAUUAAAAAAGUUAUGGGAGAUUUAGAAGAAGAAUUGAAAUGGAGUAAAAGCAAUCUUCCUGUAAUAGAAGGCUGGUUAAACAAUCAUCUUAAACAACGACCAUCGUCACUUAUGUCUUCUGAACGUCAAACAACUGCAAUGGACAGUAGUAGUAUCACUCCAUUUGCUGGAUAGAUUCCAACUUGUACAAUAUAAUAUUUUUUAUCCAGUCAUAAAUUUUAAAAUAUUUUUUUUUAGCAAAAAAAAAAAAACAAAACAAUUUAAUAGAAAAAAAAAAUUUAUUAAUCAUAUUUAUAUAUUUUAUUUAUAUAAAUGUAAUGUAAGAAUUAAUUACUCUUUAAUUGUAUUAUUCUUGUAAAACAUUUUAUUGUAUAAUAAACUUUUCUUAUGUUAA